CAGAUGGUAACAAUGACGACAACUUCAGUCAGCAGUUGGCCUUGCUCCUCCCAGGGAGUGCACUUUAUAACUAAUCACAGCGUCCAAUGGCCACACAACUUCUCAGAAGCCUCAAAUUUUACUGCCUGUUCCAUGGAUGAAAAAUUACUCUCUGAUGUGUUAACAACAUUCUACUCUGUUAUUUUCAUCGUGGGCCUCAUUGGAAACAUAAUUGCCCUCUAUGUAUUUCUGGGUAUCCACCGCAAAAGAAAUUCCAUUCAGAUUUACCUACUCAAUGUAGCCAUUGCAGACCUCUUACUUAUCUUCUGCCUCCCUUUCCGAAUAAUGUAUCACAUUAACCAAAACAAGUGGACACUAGGUGUGAUUCUUUGCAAGGUUGUGGGAACACUAUUUUAUAUGAACAUGUACAUUAGCAUUAUUUUGCUUGGAUUCAUCAGUUUGGAUCGCUACAUAAAAAUUAAUCGGUCUAUACAACAACGGAAGGCGAUAACAACCAAACAGAGUAUUUAUGUUUGCUGUAUAGUAUGGAUAAUUGCUCUUGCUGGAUUUUUAACUAUGAUUAUUUUAACCCUUAAGAAAGGAGGUCAUAAUUCCACAAUGUGUUUCCAUUAUAGAGAUAAGCAUAAUGCAAAAGGAGAAGCAAUUUUUAACUACAUUCUUGUGGUAAUGUUCUGGCUAAUUUUCCUACUAAUAAUCCUUUCCUAUAUUAAGAUUGGCAAGAAUCUAUUGAGAAUUUCUAAAAGGAGGUCAAAAUUUCCUAAUUCUGGCAAAUAUGCCACUACAGCCCGGAAUUCCUUUAUUGUGCUUAUAAUUUUUACUGUAUGUUUUGUUCCCUAUCAUGGCUUCCGAUUUGUCUAUAUUUCUUCACAGCUAAAUAUGUCGUCUUGCUAUUGGAAGGAAAUCGUUCACAAAACCAAUGAGAUCAUGCUGGUUUUCUCAUCUUUUAAUAGCUGUUUAGAUCCAGUCAUGUAUUUCCUGAUGUCCAGUAACAUUCGCAAAAUAAUGUGCCAACUUCUUUCUAGACGGUUUCAAGGGGAAGCGAGCAGGAGUGAAAGCACUUCAGAAUUUAAACCAGGAUACUCCCUGCAUGAUACAUUUGCUGCAGCUAAAAUUCAGUCUACUUCUUAA